AUGUUUCACCACCGGCGUUUAUUUUUCUUCGACGUUUUUCUGUGGAUAGCCACCGGUUUGGCCGUUUUGUCGCCAAUACCAUCGGUCGUCAUGGCGACGACGGAAUCGACCGGCGUCGGUAACGGCCGACUCUUCCGCGAAAAUUUCCAGCGACUCCAGACACUCGGAAUGUGCGGAAUUCCGCGCCCGCGCGUUUUCUACGUCGAAGAUCAUCCGGAAGUGGAUGCCACUUUGACGUACCAUCCGUCAGCGACGGUUCUGCACCGGUGCGAUCCUUCCGGCGGAUGUUGCCUGGACCGGCGUAAACAAUGCGGUCCGCUAGUCGAGUCUGUCGUCACUGUCGUCUUCUUCGUUCACCCCAAUCGCCCCAGGCAGCCGGUCGCAGUCGCAGAUGGAACAUCCACCGCCAACCGCGCGCUUUUCAAAUCGCUGGAAUUCGUCAAUCACACCCAGUGCACUUGUUCCGAUAUCAACGACGUCCCGAGACGUUGAAAUUUGUAUUGCCUCUGGCAUUUUUCUUAACAUGUAAAUUUUGUGUUUUUUUUUUUCGCCAAACGAAAUUCAAUAUUUACUUUAACCACGCCCUAUUGACCCCCCUCCGGACAUGUGUUUUUAUUUCAAAUUGUGUUGGACUUUAAUCGCGUUUGAUACGACGGUUGAAGUUUGUGUGUGUGACAGGACCCAAAAAAUAAAGUCAAUGUCCGUCCUUUUUUUUCAUUUCUACCGAC